GUUUAAACUUAUCUGUUCAUUUUGUUGUAAUUUGUGUUCAGAGCUUUGUAGACACCAUGAAGCGAAAUCAACAAUUUGUUGAAGAGCCCACGAUGAGUGACAAGACAUUACUCUUGAAUGUCGAGGAUCUCAUCAACACGGCGUUUGGGACCGCCGAUAGAAAUGUAGUCAACUUUAAAAUGAUACAAGCUGUGCUACACAUUUUGGCACGUCAGAUGCGUUUACUUGAACAAGAUGUUGAGAUUAAGGUUGACGAAUUCGGACUUGCAGGGAAACCUCUUGAGGCAUACGCUAGCGAAGCAGGAUUGAAUGAAACAAAAAAAGCAAAACGAGGUCGGAGAAAAGCAAAAAGAGAUGGAGAUAGAAUGGAAGAUGGAGGAACUAUUGGGAGAAGUUAUGACGAAGACGAAGAAUAUGAUGACAGAGAUUACGAUCGUAGUAGAGAUCGGGGUGGGGGGAAAGCACGAGGUCGUCGAAAAGACGAUGAUCGAGAUGGGGAGAGAGGGAGCAGUCGUGGUAGAGAUAGAGAUUACGACGAAGACGAAGAGAGAGGGGGUAGUCGCGGCAGAGAUAGAGAUUACGACGAAGACGGAGAGAGAGGGGGUAGUCGUGGCAGAGAUAGAGAUGAUGACCGGGGCGGAGAGAGAGAGGGUAGUCGUGGCAGGGAUAGAGAUGAUGACCGGGGCGGAGAGAGAGGGGGUAAGAUAGAGAUGAUGGCCGGGGUGGAGAGAGAGGGGGUAGUCGUGGCAGAGAUAGAGAUGGUGACCGGGGUGGAGAGAGAGGGGGUAGUCGUGGCAGAGAUGGAGAUGAUGACCGGGGCGGAGAGAGGGGGGGUAGUCGUGGCAGAGAUAGAGAUGAUGACCGGGGCGGAGAGAGAGGGGGUAGUCGUGGCAGAGAUAGAGAUGAUGACCGGGGCGGAGAGAGAGGGGGUGGUCGUGGAAGGGAUAGAGAUGAUGACCGGGGCGGAGAGAGAGGGGGUGGUCGUGGAAGGGAUAGAGAUGAUGACCGGGGCGGAGAGAGAGGGGGUGAUCGUAGCGGAGGUAGAGGGUCAGAUCGUGGUGGAGAUAAAGGAGGCAGGCGUGACGGAGAUAGGGGUGGUGAGCGUGGUGGUGCUGAAGAUAGAGGUAGGGAUCGUGGUGGAGAAGCAGAAGGUGGAGGUAGAGGAAAAGGAGGAAGAGGGGGAGGAGGAGGAGGUGGGGGAGCAGGCGGCAGAGAUGAAUAUGCAGAUGGAGCGAGAGACGGUGGUCGUGCUGAAGAUAGAGGAGGAGAUCGUGGUAGAGACAGGGGUGGUGGUCGAAAUGCUGACAGAGAAGGUCGUGGUGGAGAAAGAGGUAGAGACACAGGUGGAGAUAAGGGAGGAGGCACGGAGCGAGGAGGAGAUAGAGAAGACUCUCGUGGUAGACAGAAAAGUCAAAAGGAAGACUACGAGGAAAGUAAACGAGAAAAGGGUGGGGACCGAGGAGGACGAGGGAAAAAGGGAUAUGGCGGUGAAGGGGCUGGCGGGGGAGGGGGUGGCGGUGGGGGAGCAGGUGGUGGCUCGGGGCGAGGGGCAAUGGGUGCUCAAGGUGUCGGCGGUAGUAGCGCACUGGACAGCGGGGCAGCCAGUAUUGAAGAAAGAGCAGAAGAGGAAAGAGUUAUGGGAAAAGGACGCACUUCAGUUGACUGCCCGUGUGAGUGCUGCUGAGCGCGGUCUGACACAGAUGGCAGGCUUGCUGACGCAGCUUGCAGCGACGGGGGCGCUGCCAGCUGAAAUGGCAAGUCGCAUCGGGGAGGUCGGCUCCGAAUUUAAACGAUUUUCCAAAUCGACGCCUGAGGUAGCGCGGCAACCAGUAUCUGGCCAGGGGCCAGGGCAAGCUCCAUUUGUCGGACCACUUCCAGGUCAAGCUACUGGACAAUGGCAAGGACAAGAUCCAGGACAGUUUGCGGAGCAACUUCCAGGACAAAUACCAGGAUCAGGUCAAGGAAUGCCAGUGUCUACCGGGGCUCGAAAAAUGCCACCUGGUUCACGUGUGCCACCAUCGUCUACCACAGGAACACAGGGUGUAGGACAGGGAGGAGUAGGGCAUGGGCCAUAUUCUUCAGACACGGGGGGUCAAGCGUUCACUACCCAGCCAUCGCAUGGAGUGAGGGCAGAGAGUACGGCGACGGGAAUGUUGCCGUGGGAGCCAGGAGCAGGCGCUCCGGAGAGCGUCAGUACUUCAUUUCGGAAGUCAGUCGCUAUAGAUCCCGGUACUGGCAUGCCAAGGAGAGGAGACGGGACUGGCAUCAGACCGUCAAUGGGUGGCAGAGCUUCCGAUGCAUCGUACAAAGCAGUCACCCACGCUGAGAUGGAAGAUGUUCUGCUAAUCAUUAAAGAUGACUUCAAGAAAACUAUAAAUACAAUGACAGCUCGAGCCACACACUCGGCCGACGUGGCCAUGGCCAGCUUCCAGGAACAGAUGGCGCAGGUGAGGACUGAGCUGAAGGAAGGGCUCGACAGGCUCGAGCAAGCCACUACUAACGCUGAGUCGGCUGCUCUGCUGGACCUGACGGACCGCUACCAGGGGCUGGUCAUCGAACUGGAGCACACGCUGCACACACACCAGGGCCUCACAACGUUACAGCAACAACUCAGUGAUGAGCUGCGGGCGGACAUCUCGCGGCUGACUGGUCUACUACACGAGACGGACUUCAUGCACGCGCGCCUAGAGCUCGACAACCGACUGAUGCAUUGUUAUGAAAAAUUCACGAAACAGGACAUGGUGUGGCUGACGGCGCUCAAAGACCUGUCAGCUGUGGCAGAAACCAAGGCAGAGAUAAUUCAACUGAUGGUGCUUAAGGACUCUGCCACCAUGGAGCUGAAGAAUAUCCAGGCGAAGCUGCGGCAGUUGUACAUCAUGCUUGGAGAACCGAAGGCGGCCGUGCUGAUGCGGAAGCUGGCGAAGGGCGCGGCGUGCGGAGCGUGUCUCACUCCGGCACUCAUGGAGCUGACAGAACCAAAAUACGGGAAGCCCUUCGCUAUGCCCCAGUUCCGGCCGCCGCCGAUCGGAGAGGAGGAGCCAUGCCUCACCAAGCUCAAGCCGCUGGUACCAGCAGACACCAGGUCGCACGUGUGCCGGCGCUGGGCGGGGGGCUCGCACACGCUGGUGUCGGAGCACGUGUCGCACGAGCGCGCCGCGCCGCCCGCCCUGCACGGCCCGCCCACCAAGCGGUACGCUGGGUACGGCACCGACGGACGGUUAUACAUGUUAGAGGAGGAGCUCCAGCCAUGUCUGGAGUGCAAUCAGCUGGACGCAAAGGAGCCAGGGCAAGUGAUACCCAUCGAACCGAAACCUUCGCCCAAUGUUGGCGCCGGAGAUCAGAUUGUGGCUGCAGUAGAGCCACAGAAGGAAAAAGAGGAAGAUAAAAAGAAUGAGGAGAAGGAGAAUGAGAAAGAGAAGCAGGGUGAAAAUGAGGGUGAUGCUUGCAUUAUGGUUGCCGGCUUCGUGGUUCCUACAGAGGAUUUGAGGCUCCUAGUGGAUGUCACAUCGGAAGCGAUGGCAGUCGUGGUCUCUGCUCGCCUGCAUGACGUCACCGAGCUGGUGAGCCACUACCGCCGCGCUGGUGCUGUCGCCUCGGGAGAUGCUGGAACGAUACAAGUGUAUUGUUAG